AUGAAGCGGUUGCUAGGCGGCGGAGGCGCGCGCCUCUGCCUCGCGCUCCUCCUCCGCCAUUGGCUCUUGGGCUCCAGCGCGUGCCCGUGCGAGCAACCUUCGCUUUGCAAACCUGUCUCGAGUCAGCGCGACUUCGAGGUCUUUGCAUUUGAUGUUGGUGGGAAGACCUGGAAGUUUUAUGACUGGACACAAAUUACAACUGUGGCAACUUUUGGAGACUAUGAUCCUGAGCUUAUAUGUUAUGCUCAUUCAAAAGGAUCCAGAGUUGUUUUAAAAGGAAAUAUAUCUGUGAAGAAAAUUUUAAAACUUACUGUUCGAACAGCCUGGAUAAAACAAAAAAUCAGCCUGGCUAAAAAGCAAUACAUGGAUGGAAUCAAUAUAGACAUUGAACAAACAGUUAAAAAGUCAUCAGCUGAAUAUUAUGCAUUAACUGCUUUAGUUAAGGAAACAACAGAAAUUUUUCACAAAGAAAUUCCUGGUUCUCAGGUAACUUUUGAUGUACCAUGGUCGCCUGAAUGUGUAGACAGUAGAUGUUACAACUAUACUGGAAUUGCUGACUCCUGUGAUUUCCUGUUUGUGAUGUCUUACGAUGAACAGAGUCCAUUGUGGUCCAGUUGCAUAGCAGGCGCCAAUGCCCCUUACAAACAAACUUUAGUGGGAUAUGAUCAUUAUAUUCGCAUGGGCAUUAAUCCAAAGAAACUGGUGAUGGGCGUUCCAUGGUACGGCUAUGAUUAUAUAUGCUCAAAUUUACAUAAGGAUCAUGUUUGCUUCUUUGCAAAGAAUGUUUUCCCAGGGGCUCCAUGCAAUAAUGUCACAAUGAGACAAGCCCCAUAUAGAAUCAUUAUGACAUUGGAGAAUACUUCUACUUCUGGGAUUCUGUGGGAUGAGGAACAAAAAGCUCCCUUUUUAGACUACAAGGACUCAAAGGGUGCUUUUCACCAACUGUGGUUUGACAAUGCCAAGAGCAUUUCUCUGAAAGCAGCCUACGCAAAGGAACGUGGUCUGAGGGGCAUUGGGAUGUGGAAUGCAAAUUGCCUGGAUUAUUCGGCAAGCAUUGCAGCUCAACAGCAAACAGAAGCAAUGUGGAAAGCCUUGAAAGGCGCAUAAUUUAUACAAUAGCCAGACUUGAAUUCAGACAGCAGUGAAUGAUUAAUUAAGUUUUUAAAUGGGUACAGUAUAGUGCACAGUAAAAAGCUGUGAAGGCUACUUGCUGUUCAUUUACCUUGUUCCAUUAGAUACGUGCUGCGUUCCUAGGGUUGAGGUAUUUUAUUUCUCAAUAAGAAAAAGAAUUUACAUCAAUCAUUCUAAGCCUGUCCUCUAAUUCCAGGAAAGGAAAGGGAAAAUGCAUGUCAUAAAUACAGCAAAUAAAGGUUUUUUU